GACGCCACUAGGUCGCAUUAACAUCGGUGCCAUCGAGUUCACACAAUAUGAGGAGCGCAGACGCAGCCAAAACCCAACUCCGCAUCUUUCGUUUUGGUGCGACUGUCUAUUUUGCAUCCGCAUAAUGUUACAAUAAACGACACGUUACGACCUACGUGGAUAGAAGCCAAACGCUGGCUUUUAUUUUGACUGCAAGAAUCUCGUGCGGGGAGAAUUGACAAUACGCCGUUUCAGCUUUCAUAUGGAAGAUCGGCUCGCUUCCGUGGAUAUGUUGCCCUUGUGCUUUUUGCAUAAACCAUUAUUAAUCGCCAUGGAUGUUUAGAUUCGGUUUCUUGCACCUCUUUGGUCUGUUCGAGCAGUGAAACGAAGAGGCUCCGCCGAUCGGGAUAACACACACUCUGCUGCCUAACACGACAUAUUGCUACCAGGGAUUUAAAUAAUCACGUGUUACAACAACGGAAAGAUUUUUAUCGCAAUUGAUGUGGCCUUCCGACCUUUAAUGAGGAGAGCAAAAUGAAUAGGGAACGGCCGAAGAGAAAUAUCAUCCAGAAGAAAUUUGAUGAUAAUGAUGGAAUCCCUUGGUCAGAAGAGAGAGUGGUCCGCAGGGUCCUGUACCUCUCUCUUAAAGAGUUCAAGAGAGCUCAGAAGAGAAAAGUGGAGAGCUCCACUGGAAUGGUUAAUGGCUCCUUUGCAAAUGGUCAUUUAAAUGGUGUGGGAUCUAAGGCUGGGCUGUAUGCUGGAAGCUGUAAGUCAGACAGGACACAGCAUACAACUCAGAGCAAAGACUGCAGCCAUGAGUAUUCAAUAGAUGAGCCUGUCAGAAAGAGGCCUAAACUGCGGGCUCAGAGGAAGUUUGCUCAGUCUCAUCCCUGUUCUCCCACCUCCACCCCAUUGAAGGUGCUAGAGGUCAUACCCCCAAGCCCUGCUGCCCUUCUCAUCCCCCUCACAAAGCGCAAACCCAAAACAGAAGACUUUCUCACCUUCCUUUGUCUCCGAGGCUCCGCUGCGUUGCCCAGCAACAUAGCAUACUUUGGUAGCUCUAAGGAUGAGGCAGAUGUAGAUGAGGAUGAGGAAGAGGAAGAAGAGAGUGUUUGCAGUGCUUCUGCCUCCUGCACGUCUACUCCACGCAAGAGAAGAGGACCCAGCAAGUGCAAUGCCAACGGUUAUGUGUUUAAUGGACAGAUGCGAGCUGCCGUGGAACAAGAGAGCAGUUUGAGGGCCAAAGGGAAAGAAGGAAUCCAGGGGAAGGAGAAAAACUCCAUAACAUUAGCUAGGAGCUCCACAACACACAAUUUACGGCCCAGCAGGUCUGUUCAGGAAAAAAAACAACAGUCCUCCAAAAUAAACGGAACAUCGGGAACCUCCGCUGUCCACUCGAGAAAGACAAGAGAACUCCGCACUCCCCCGACCAAAGCUGUGAAAAACCCCAAGGGCCAUGUGACGUACACCAAAGCCAGACUGCUCAAAGAGGCCAAGCUCAGCCUGAGCACACACGAAAGGCAGCUCAGCUCGCAGCACACCAACCCUCAGCACUCCAACUCAGGAAAAGCCCAAACCAGCCACGCCAAGAUGCAAAAACAGGUGCUAUCACCAGCCUCCACCAGGAGGCUGAGCCAGAACGACGCGUCUCCACCCAGACGAAAUGGACUGAGACAGUCAAAAAGGCAGCUGGAGAGCAGUCUGAGCAGAGCAGAGGUUGAGGUGAAAAAGAUCAAAUUGCAAGUCCUUCCCUUGAAUACACGGAGUAGGAAAGCAGCUCAGGAGACACCAGCACCCGGUAGCCAUGCUAAACGGUCGCGAGCGCAAGCAGCGGGAUCGCAGAGACCCAAACGGACAACUGCGGGGAAGCUUAUGAUCACCAAACAGAAACACUGUAAAGCCACGGUUCAGGCCAAGAACAGCCCCACUACCUCAACGCAAGACAUUAUAAAACCAGCCAACCCCCCAAAAACAAACUCUUCUGUAAAACAAAUCAGUCCUGAGCCCCUCGACCCCGUCGAGCCUAAAGAGCGGGGCAGGCGUGGUACGGUCACUGAGACGAUGACGGUUACAGAGGUUCCCGUUUUUCAUCCUGGCACGAAAGAGUUUCACGACCCGCUGGCUUACAUGGAGUUUGUGCAGCAGCAAGCAGAACCGUUCGGGUUGUACCGGGUUGUGCCGCCAGCAGGCUGGCGUCCCGAGUGCAAGCUUAAAGAGGAGAUGCGUUUUGUGUCGUACGUGCAGCAUGUGCACAAGUUGGGCAGACGCUGGGGACCGAAUGUACAGCAACUGGCCUGCAUCAGGAAACACUUGAGGACACAAGGCAUUAAUAUAGAGGAGCCUCCACUCAUAGGUGGAUGUGAGUUGGAUCUGGCCCGAUUCUUCCAGCUUCUAAAUGAUAUGGGAGGCAUGCAGCAGGUGACAGACCUCAAAACAUGGGGCCGGCUUGCUGAUCUGCUUGGCAUCCCACGCUCAGCUCAAGAUCGUCUCGCCAAGCUCCAGGAGGCUUACUGCCAGUACCUGCUCUCCUAUGACUCCCUUUCACCGACUCAGAGGUCUCAGCUGGAGAAAGAAGUGCUGACGGAAAAGCAGUCCCUGGAGAGAAGAAGCGGACCCCUGGAGGGUCAGGGAGACAUAUCACAGCAUGCUGCUCUACUGCUUCCACGCUGCGAGCCUAAAAACGGUUUGGUGAACGGGGCGUUGCACAGGAGCGGAACACGCGAACAUCUCCGAGAGCUGGAUCCCACAGCGAAGAACAGCCGGCUGAGAAGACUAGAGAAGAGAGGAGGGGACGAGGGCGUGCUAAGUGAACCGUACAAGUGCAUAUACAGGGGAAAAUCAUUCUCUCUCACAACAUUCUUCAGAGCAGCCAGGAAUACCAUGAACAUGUGCUUCAGUAAAGAACCAGACACAGCGGAAGUUGAGAGAGAGUAUUGGAAAUUGGUUGAGGAAAAGGAAUGCCAUGUCGCUGUGCAUUGUGGGAGGGUUGACACAAAGACUCAUGGGAGUGGAUUUCCUGUGGGCAAAUCUGAGCCGUUUUCAAAGCAUGGGUGGAAUCUUACUGUCCUUUCCAAUAACUCAGGAUCCAUCUUACGACAUCUUGGUGCUGUGCCAGGAGUGACCAUCCCCUGGCUGAACAUAGGCAUGGUCUUUUCUACCUCAUGCUGGUGUCAGGAACAAAACAGCCUUCCGUAUAUAGAUUACCUACACACUGGUGCUGACUGCAUUUGGUACUGUAUUCCAGCUGAAGAGAAAUCAAAACUUGACAAAAUAGUACACACACUGCUGCAGGCUAAUGGGACACCAGGGCUGGAGAUGCUAGAGAGGAACAUUAUGAUUUCUCCAGAUGUGCUCCGUCAAAAGGGGGUGAAAGUGUACCGGACAGUUCAACAGAGCGGGCAGUUCAUGGUAUGUUUCCCCGGAACCUUUGUGUCUAAGGUGUGUUGUGGCUACAGUGUCUCUGAGACAGUGCACUUCGCCAACCCCCAGUGGAUGAAAUUGGGCUACGAGGCAGCUAAGGUGAGAGACUCGACGCAGGGACGGACAAAGUCAGCUGGAACUUGGCUUGGUUUAACUCACAGUUUAAUUUUUGAUCUUAAAAGGCGGCAAAUAGAGGAGCCUUUCUCCACAGAGAAGCUCAUCUAUCAGAUCGCUACAUCUGAGCGGGAUAACAAACAGCUCCUGAACGCCAUCUCCGUUCUUAUCAAAGAGCUCAGGGAUGCAGAGAUAAGCCAACGCAGGGAUCUUUUUGAAGCUGGGCUUCGUCUGUCUGCACGUUACGGCACACAGUGCGAGUCUCCCGCAGACAAGAAGAAGCAGCAACGCUCGAGAUUUCCAGAUGACACAGCGGACAGACGCUGCCAUGCGUGUCAGCAUCUCUGUUAUCUCUCUAUGGUUGUUCACGAGAGCGAUAAUGUGGUUUUCUGUCUUGAAUGUGCUCUUCGAUACAUCCAGAAACGAAGGUCCCCACGUGGCCUCAAAAUGAUGUUUCGUUACUCUGAGGAGCAAAUCAACAGUCUGGUAAAUGGUGUGUGUGGCAAAGCACUGGAGAGAGGUGGAGACAAACCGAAAGCUGACGGCAGGACACUAGCGAAACGAAGUCCCCGAAAUAAGAGCUCCGCCCGGGUGACACUCUCCUGUUCCUCCCGCAGCGCCCGCUCCUAACCAGACCCUCAGUGACAUUCCUCUUCCAACAAUACAUUUAAGGCCAUAGUGUCUCCUUUUAUAUCAGGUGUUCCUAAUACUUGUGUACAAAAACUCUUCAAUAAUCUUUGUACCUAGUGUACAGCAUUAAAACAAGCUGUUAAAUUGCACUUUUAUAUUAAAGAUACAUGUAGUUACUGGCUGGUUAGUUUCAGAAUAUUGAAUGUAUGGAGGAAAAGAGUUACAUGGGGUUUUAUGCAAACCCAAGAAGCAAAUACACAACUGUUUGGGCCACCUGAGAUAAGUAAGACUGUUGGGCCUCAUCCGACAAGCACGAAAUCUUUUGCACUAGUAUUGAGAUUGGUUUUUAGAUGAGUAUUUUUUGGGUUGUUUUAGCAUUAAAUUGAGUAUAGAAAUGCGUAAACAUAGAUAUAAAUAUAUCCUAUUCUAUUCCUAUCAUUUGUGUUUAACUGGUGCUGUAGUGACACUUUUCUCCAUGACCCUUACUGCCUGUUUGUCUCCUGGGCUCACCUGUAAAGUCUUAACAUGCUAUCAGGAACAAUAGGACAUAUGUCAGAUUGUAACCCAUGCAGCUGCUGGCAUUGAAGUUCUUCAGCUACAAAUACUGUAUGAGAAGUCUACCGCUUUUGACACUAUUUACAAUUUCACCUGGAGAUCUGAAGGUCUUACACUUGGAAACUUGGUUCUUAAAAGCACAUUUUGAGGCCUUUAACUGAAAUCUUUGGAGUACAAAAAGCUGCAGAAAGUUUGAUGCAAAGAGCAAUUUGUACUUGCAUUUUUAAAAUGAUUUUGAAAUAGUAAAAAAUGCACUUUCCCUUUUAUCCCAUAAACGUUUGUCUCCUGGCUUUAUAUUUGUCAUUGGUUAUCAAUGUUCAAUCUUCAACUAUUUGUUUACAUAGAAUAUUAUUGCAAAAUAUCUAAUAAAUAUCUAGAAAAAGCCCCCCAAAAUAUGUUUAUAUGCCAUUCAAAUUGAGCCCUCGAGUUUGGGUCUAUAUGGGUUUGGAUGAGAUAGUCGAGAUGUGGAAAAAGCCUUACUUCUAUAUUGGUUUCUUCAUUGAUAUAAGUUAGAUGUUAACAGGGUUGCUACAAACACAUACAGAUAAGUGCAGCUUAAAUCACUGAAGAAGUAUGUCAUAGUGGUGAUCCCUAGUUUUUUAGCUUUACUUUUUUUUUAUUAAAAGAGACAAAUCUUUUACCCAAAAGUAAACUAGUAUGCUUAGCUACCCAUUGCACUGACUGUUUCAGAGUCCUGUAAUCAUAUGGUGGUUAACUCCGUUCCAUAUGACUGACUGGUAUUUAAGGUUGAAAAUGAACAGUGUUUUCCAAAACGUGGUUGUAUACUUUUCAAGCCUUAAAUUAGUUUUUUUGUUUAUUUGCUGUUCUUUUUCACCCUAUUUGAUACAGUAAUCCUCCUACUGUACUGUUUAUUUAUAUGUAUUGUUGUUAACUCAGUCCUCCAGUCCAGUGGAGACCUUUUUGGUUACUUCUAGAUUUGUUUUUUACUUUUCUGGUUUGUAAAUUUUCAUUUGUUUUAAUAAAUCACUUGUCAAUCCUUACAGAAA